AUGGGCGAAAGCGGUGUACGAGGUGGUUACGCGGAGUUCUACAAUAUUGAUCCUGAAGUGUUCGCAAUGUAUAAGAAACUGAUUUCUGCGAAGCAAUUCCCGUCAAUUCUCAGUCAGGCUGCCGUCUCUGCUCUCGUGAAUCCGCCCAAGCAAAACGAUCCUUCAUUCGAACCGUGGGCAUUUGAGAAGCAAGCAACCCUGAACGGAUUCAAGAGGAGAGCGCAAAUAGUGAUGGAAGCUUUCAGUGGACUUGAUGGCCUAACCUGCAAUCCGAUUCAAUCUUCUAUGUAUGCUUUCCCUCGACUACAUCUUCCACCAAAGGCCAUUGAAAAGGCUAAGUCCAUGGACGUGCAGCCAGACUUCUUCUAUGCGAUGGAGCUUCUUGAAAAUACUGGAGUGUGUGUGAUACCUGGUAGUGCAUUCGGUCAGAAGGAGGAUACCUAUCAUUUCCGGUAA